GGGGGUUCUUCUUUGAGAAGCCUGCAGAGAUUUCUUUGUGAGGAAAGUGAUGGCGGAGCGGGGAGCUCUGUGGCUCCUCUCUCUUCUGUGGCUCACCUUCCUCUGCUCGGAGACCACCGCCGCAAAACAUGUCGACAAAGGUUCAGCAGCGCAGCCCUUCAGCCCGUUCUGGUUCACGGUGGAGCCCCAGGACACGUUGGCCAUUCGGGGGAACUCCGCUCUGCUCAACUGCUCGACACACAGCGACGUGGCCGCGCCGGCGCGCAUCGAGUGGAGAAAGGACGGCACGUUCAUGAGCCUGGUUUCAGACGAGCGGCGGCGCAUCCUCCCCGAUGGCUCGCUCUUCUUCUCUCACGUGGUCCACUCGAAGCACAACAAGCCGGACGAGGGCACCUACCAGUGCGUCGCCACAAUCGACAACCAGGGCUCCAUUUCCAGCCGCACCGCACGCCUCUCAGUAGCAGGUAUUCCCAGGUUUACCAUCCAGCCCUCGCCUGCUUCCGUUCAUCUUGGAGACAGUCAGGUCAUGGCGUGUGAGGUGAACUAUGAUUUGGUGCCUUUCACCCACUGGGAGAAGGACCGGCAGCCGCUGGAGCUGAGCGCCAGGCUGACGCAGCUUCCUGGUGGCGCGCUUGUUAUCAGCAAUGCCUCAGAGGUUGAUGCUGGUCUUUAUCGCUGUCUGGUGGAAAACGUCGGCUCUUCCAAGUCCAGUGAUGAGGCGCAGCUCCAGACGAUACCAGAAACUGGAGAGGAGAGGAAGCUGGAGUUCCUGGUUCAGCCCGCUUCUGUGACCAAGCUGAUUGGUACCAGUGUGCUGCUGCCCUGUGUGGUUGCUGGUUUCCCUGCUCCUCACAUUCGAUGGAUGUUAGGAGACAAACUGCUGGAGGAAAGCAGAGAAUAUAACGUUCUGCUUCGGAUGCUUCUGUUUGUCCUGCCGCCUGCUUCCCGAGGCGUUAAUGCUUCUCUGCCACUGCUAGAACAAGAGCUCCAGAGGGAGAGCGGGAUUUGCAAAGCGAGCCACUUCAUCGGGGACGUCAGGCUGCUGGGUCACCAGCUGAAGGGCGGUUCACAAAUAAAGAGCCGAGAUAGAGUGUCACAGCGCCUGUGCUCUCGCUCCUCUGGCUCCUAUUAG